AAAUUUUGAGAAAAUUAAUUUUCAAUAUAAAAGAAUCUGAUUUUAAUGUACGACAAAUCCCAUCGUCAACAUCAAUUGGGUUUCUGCCCAAUCGUCUGCAAUUAUGCCCGUUGCGCUACUUCACUGUAAAGUUUAGGAUGUUCUUCGAACGGUCCGAGGUAGGCAAUUCUUCAAAUGGUUGGAGAGCUUUCCUUUUGAUUCCGUUCUUCAAUUCUUUUAACGCCCUCUUUCGGUUAUUAAAGAAAAUUCGCUUAUUCCUAUUCAUUGGAUUGCAAUCAUGCUCAAUCAUUCUAGUGGGAAUAGUUUUCCAGUUGUUAUGAUACCUAGCUGACAUUUGCAAUUUCCUAUGAAAUUCAGUCAUUCUCACACUUCAUAGGACUGGAAGAUGCUCACGUGUUUCCUUUCUGCUGAAGUAUUGAACAAUGCAGGCAGAAUCUACAUUUGAUCUUGCCCGAUGGCCUACAUUUUAUUCCCUUUAAAGAUUUUCACAAAGAUUAUGAAAUCAUCUGUACUAUAAUGUAGAAUUUAGAGAUGCGACAAAUAUAUAGGAAGGAUCUAUGAUCCUUCUUCCUAUGGGAGGGAAUAUGCAAUCCUUGUACACUGUACUUAGCAUGCACACAAGGCAUUCUCGUAUAAAUGCACAAUUGUGGAAGUUAGUGCUGUGUGUGCAUUCAUUUGUGCAGGUGGGUGCUGGAUUUAUAUGCAUUUGCGCAGUUGGAUAUUGUGUAUAUAUCCAUUGGUGCAGGUGGGUGUCGUGGAGCUGCAGUGAUGGAGCCGACUCAAAUAAUCCUGGCAGGAUUCGGAGCAGGGGUAAGUGCAAAGCAACUCACAGAAUACUUGGAAAAAAAUGUUGGAAUUGUGUGGAGAUGCAGACUGAAGACAUUAUGGACUCCUCCCUCUUCAUUCCCAAAGUUCACAGGCAGCAGCAACGGCUUGGUUGAGAACAGAGAGAAGGCGCCUCCCCAUGCCUUUGUUCACUUUGCAGCUCCAGAUGCGGUCAAGGAGGCGGUCAGGCUCAGCAGCCUUAGAAAACUUGUGUUCAACAACCAAGCUCUCAAAAUCAAGGUUGGUAACGAAACCUCAUCUAGAGUGCUUAGAAGAAGAACAACUCCACCCCAUAGAUUUUCUCCUGUUACGGUUGAAAUUGGUUCAUUGUACAGCCUUGAUGAGUUUUGGGUUGCUUGGAGAGGACCUACCUCUGGGGUCGAUUUUCAUGUAGACCCAUUUGAUAAAAGAUGUAAGAUUAUUUUUACUCGACGUCAGUUGUUUAGUUCCCAGAAAUCCAAAAAAGAUACAUUCAUAAAAUGUGACUUCAAGAUUGAGUUUUUGAUCAAAGACAUUAGAAAUGUGAGGUUUAUCAUCGAGAUGGGAACUUUGGCUAUGCUAAUCCAGCUUUGGGUGCCACCUUUUAUAUAUUAUAGAACUGCAGAUGAUGAUAUUCAUGUGGCAGUUCCUUUUGCUCUAUUAGAUGAUGAUGAUCCAUGGAUACGAACCUUGGAUUUUACUCCUAACAAUGCAAUAGGUAGGUGCUUGGUCUAUAAGAUUGCGCAUUCUCCUCGUUUGGGUCACACCAUGGAAAAAGCCAAAGAAUACUUCAAACAAAACCGCUUGCUGGAUGAAAAUAUUUCUAAUGUUUCCAAUCUGAAGAGUCGGAGAGAGCCUACUGUUCCUAGACCAGAGUUCUUUUUGGUCCUGCCACCACGCCCACAAAUCCACUUUGAUACCAUGUUCCUGCUAACUGCUCUUGUACACAAAGCAAUUGUAAAUUACCAUAGGUUAAACCCUGAGUUCUACAGUUUGUUGAAUAGCGAAGUGCCAUCAACCAAAAUGUCCACAAUGGCACUAAGGUACAUGCUUUGCGAAACAUAUCCAGUUCUUGAUCCUCUUGGGAAACUUAAGAACUUGCUUAAGUGGAUCGAACAGAAUCCAAAGCUUCUGAAAAGCCCAAAGAUUGUUGAGGAAACGAUUGAAGUUAGAAGAUUGAUCAUAACUCCUACAAAAGCUUGCUGCCUUCCUCCGGAAAUAGAGCUGUCAAACCGGGUCAUAAGGCAGUUCAAGAGGUAUGCGGAUAGAUUCCUGCGAGUAACUUUCAUGGAUGAUAGCAUGGAAGCCAUGUCUUCGAUGGCAUUAACAGUGCCUAUAUCACCUCUUGUUAAAGACAUUGCUAAAGACGUAUCCUCUAGUUAUCUUGACCACAGAACUGCCAUAUACUUGCGAGUGAAGCAAAUACUGCUCAAUGGGUUUGAGCUCUGUGGUCGUCGAUAUUCAUUUCUAGCUUUUUCUGCCAACCAGUUAAGAGACCGUUCUGCAUGGUUCUUUGCUAAUGAUAAAUCUAUUGAUGUCCAUCAAAUCAAGUGCUGGAUGGGGACUUUUCCUGAAAAUAAUGUCGCCAAGCAUGCUGCUAGAAUGGGUCAGUGCUUCUCGUCCACAUAUUGCACAGUUCAGGUUCCAAGGAAUCAGCUUGAAGAAGACUUUCAUGACAUUGAAAGGAACGAUUAUAAAUUUUCUGAUGGUAUAGGAAAGAUCACUCCAGAUCUUGCCAUGGAAGUUGCUCAGAAAUUGAAGUUGACCAUCAAACCCCCCUCAGCCUAUCAGAUCCGAUAUGGUGGCUUCAAAGGUGUUGUUGCAACUUGGGAAGCGGAACCUGGAAGCACAUAUAAGCUGUCAUUGAGGCCCAGCAUGAAAAAAUUUGAAUCUCAACAUGAUAUUCUAGAAAUAAUCACUUGGACACGUUUCCAGCCCUGCUUUCUUAACAGGCAGAUCAUUACUUUGUUAUCGGCUCUGAGAGUUCCUGACAGCACUUUCAGCGAAUUACAAGAUUCAAUGGUGCAUAAGCUUAGUCAAAUGACUGGAAAUGUUGAAAUGGCAUUUGAUAUAUUAACCACAUCAUGUAUGGGAGAUUUACAAUAUACUGCUGCUGUGAUGAUGAGUGCUGGUUUUAAACCUCAAACAGAACCACAUUUAAAAGAUAUGCUUUCUUCCAUAAGAUCUGUCCAAUUGGAGGAGCUUCUUCGAAAAUCUAAGAUUUUUGUCCCUGAUGGAAGAUGGUUGAUGGGCUGCCUGGAUGAAAUAGGGGAGCUUGAAUAUGGGCAGUGUUUCAUAAAAAUUUCAAGCCCUCCCUUGGAGGGCUGCAUUCUCAAUAAUGACCCAGCCUUUGUAGAGAGGAAAAUGGGUCCAAGAGUAAUAAAAGGAAAAGUAAUUGUCGCCAAGAAUCCUUGCUUGCAUCCUGGUGAUGUACGAAUCUUAGAAGCAGUUGAUGCUCCUGGAUUGCAUCACUUGGUUGAUUGCUUAGUCUUCCCACAGAAGGGCCAUAGGCCUCAUCCCGAUGAAGCUUCUGGAAGUGAUCUUGAUGGGGAUAUCUACUUUGUUUCUUGGGACUCUAGGCUUAUGCCAGAAAGUGGUGAGAGUUGGGAACCAAUGUGCUAUGCUCCAGCUCAAACAAAAGAGUCAAAAGCACCUGUGACAAGAGAGGAUGUUAUUGAAUUUUUUGUGCAGCACAUGGUCAAUGAUAGUUUGGGUGUUAUUUGUAAUGCACAUGUUGUUAGGGCAGAUCUAAGUGAUUGUGGUGCACUCGAUGAGGACUGUCUUAAACUUGCAAAGCUUGCAGCGGAGGCUGUAGACUUUCCCAAAACUGGAAAGGUAGCAGUGAUGCCGCACAACCUGAGACCCAAGCAAUAUCCAGAUUUUAUGGACAAAGAGGAUUCAGUUUCUUAUAGGUCAGAAAAGAUUUUAGGCAAGCUGUAUCGUGAAGUGAUGGAUAUGCUUGGAGAAGAGGUUGAUGAACAAAAAUGUUGCAUUGAGAAGGUCAAUACAUUUGACACAUUGCCUUAUGACAGUGAUUUAGAAGUUGAUGGAUUCCAAGAAUACGUUCAAGAAGCUUGGGAAUACAAAUGUUCAUAUGAUAGACAAUUUCAGACUUUGUUAGGUCAGUUCAGUGUUAGAAAGGAAGGGGAGAUAGUCACUGGACAUAUUUCUUCCCUCACCAAAUACAAUAGCAGGCGGCAGGGUGAAAUCAAGAAGAGGUUGCAGCAUGCAUACAGAGCUUUACGAAAAGAGUUCCGAUUGAUUUUUGAAGGAACAAGAAAUUUUCAAAAUCUGGAACCUUGUGAGCGGUCCAAGUAUGAAGCCAAAGCAUCUGCAUGGUACCAUGUAACAUAUCAUACAACAUGGGUGCAGAAGACCAUGGAACACUUAACAGAACCAGAUUCUUGUCCUAGUGUUCCACUUCUGAGUUUUGCGUGGAUCACUGUUGACUUUUUGGCCCAAAUAAAGUUGCGGAAGCGCUGGCCCAGUGUGGAUUACAGUCCAGCAAUCAGAUCAAUUUUACCACCUUUCAUGCUGGUAAGCCACAAGUAGAAGAGUCACAUAUGAGGUCAAUCACUUUUUGAGUUAGCCAUGGAGUACACCAAGCAUAUUGGUUUAAAUUAGCUUUAGUAUGCUUUCAGUGGAAAAACAUAGAAGAAGCUUUCAUGUAUAUAGCCAUUGGCCACCAAGGCAGCUCUGACACUAUAUAAGAGCUAUUAGGCACGGAAUGUUUUAAUCAUUCCUUUUAAUGUUAUUGUUGUAUGAUGUAUUUUUUAGUACCUAUUGGUGUAUUUCUACCUACCCAUUGGCAUACUUAAGAGACAUAUUGCUGCUAAUACUCAAGAGUUACUAUAUUGCUGCUAGCUUUGGUGCAAAGACAGUAGGAAAGCAUUUCCCUGAACAGCCAUUGGGUAGUAACGCCUUUCUGCCACUAUAUGAGUCCAGAUACCCAAGGAUGCAAGAGAUGCUUUACUCUUCUAUUUUUGUGGAUACAAAUGUACGGGUGACUGUAUGAACAAUCAAUCUUGUAAAUGCCACUCUAUUACCAUGAAUUUAGAGGAUCCUUUGUCUUUGA